UUCAAGACAAACGACAGCAACGCGAACAGUGAUUAAGAGUGGUAGCGAGUGGCUUUAGUAAGCGCUCUGUUUUUAAAUUUAAAUACAAUAGUAAAAGAAACAAUUCGAGUAGAAUAUUGUUGCAGGUUUUAAUCAGAUAUUAAUUUGGACUCUUUUUGUGUAAUGUGUAUUAUUUUUCAAUAAUUUUCUAUAUUCUUUAUAUCUAUAUACAAUCGUAAAUGUUUGAAUCGAAAGAUAAGUGCAUACAAGUGAUUAAUUAGCGGCCUUGAAAUGAAGGACUGCUUAUAAUGGCACGUAACAAAGUCUACAAUACGACAAAAAUGCAGUAGCUCAUUUAUCUGUCGAGGAAUAAACACAGUAUCGAAACUUCAGAAGUAAAAAUACAAAUACGAAAAAUGCAUAAGGGAUUAAAAUUUUAUAAAAAUUACAACAAAGUGGCAUUCAUUAAUAGACCAUUAAAACGUAAUAUAAAAAUUGUGCCACAUUCGAUCGAGAACAAUGAUGUGGAAACGAUUCGUUCUUAUGAGGAUAUACCUGGACCAAAACCAAUAUGGUUAUUAGGCAAUACUUUUAGAUUCUUACCUUUUAUCGGCGAGUUUGGAAAUAAGCCAUUAGUAUUACAAUUAAAAAUGCUUCGUGAUGAAUACGGAGAUAUAGUUAGGAUGGAUGGUUUACCAAAUCAGCGUAAAACUAUAUUUGUAUUUUCCUCGGAAAUAAUUGAAAAGAUAUAUCGUACAGAAGGCCCAUGGCCUCAAAGAAUUGCCAUGGAAGCAUUGCAUUAUUAUCGUAAAAAUAGGGAUUGUAUUUAUAAAGGAACAUAUGGUUUAACUACAAGUCAAGGUAAAGAUUGGUAUAAUUUUCGAUCGAAAGUUAAUCAACACAUGAUGCAACCACGAGUUAUUAAUCCCCAUAUUGAACAAAUGACUGACAUUGCAACAGAAUUUAUCGAGAAGAUACGAAAAGAAUUAAGAAAUCCUGUUACCUUGGAAUUAUCUCCUUCAUUUAACAACGAAAUGAAUAAAUGGGCUUUGGAAUCGAUAUGCGCAAUCGCAUUAAAUCAUCGAUUGGGUUGUUUAAAAUCUAAUCUAGCUGAAGAUUCGGAACCUCAGAAAAUGAUCAAUAGCAUACACGAAAUGUUCGAUCUUAUGUAUCGUUUAGAAUUAUUGCCAUCUUUGUGGAGGAUAUAUAAUACGCGUACUUUAAAAAAAUUCUUCAAAGUUCUAGAUACUCUUAAUGGAAUAUCAAUUAAAUAUAUCACUCAGGCAAAAGAAAGAUUAUACAAUGAAACAGCAAAUAAUACGCGUGAAAGAAGCGUGUUAGAUAAACUUUUGUUUAUUGAUGAACAAAUUGCUUGUGUAAUGGCGCUUGAUAUGUUAACUGCUGGGGUUGAUACGACAAGUAACACAUGCGGAAUGUUGCUUUACCAUUUGGCAAUGAAUCCACGUGCUCAGGAAAAAUUGCAGGAGGAAAUAAAGUUAGCACUACCCGAUAAAGAAUUGCCAAUUACAGUGCAAACUAUGAAAAAUAUUUCAUAUUUAAAAGCGUGUCUCAAAGAAUCUCUUAGAUUAUCACCAAUCGCAAUUGGUACUCUUAGAACAAUGCAAGAUGAUAUUGUUAUAGGUGGAUACAAAGUACCGAAAAAUUGCGAUAUUAUAUUAGGACAUUCACUAUUAUCAAUAGAUCCUAAAGAAUUUGAAAAUCCGAAUGAAUUUAUACCGGAAAGAUGGAUACGAGGAGAAGAAAAUUUUCCAUCUGCAAAAAACGCUCAUCCCUUUUCUUACAUGCCAUUUGGUUUUGGAGCUCGUACUUGCAUUGGUAGACGAUUUGCAGAGUUUGAAAUUGAAAUUUUAGUGUUAAAGUUGCUGCAAAAUUUCCGUAUCGAGUGGCAUCAUCGACCUAUAGAAUUAAACAGUCGGUUAAUCAAUACCAUCGCAUCUCCAUUAACAUUUAAAUUAAUAGAUUUGUAAUUGAAACGAUAACAAUCAAUUAACAUGAAAUCCAAUAUACACAGAAAAGAUGCAUUGAGAACGAUGUGCGUAAAAAGAAAAAAUGGCUUGAAAAGUUGUCUUAAGAUCAAAGUAUUUAUAAGUUUAAAGUUCGAAUUAAUUAAGAAGGUAACUUAAAUUAUACUUAGAUUAUGAUUAUACAGCCAAACAAUAAUUUUUAAAAAACAUCAUUGU